UGAGGAAAAGAUGGUAAAUUAUCGGAUUUACAGACGUGGAAUGGAUGUGUAUAAAAAGAGUUUUGAGUAAUGGAUUUAUGAUUUGCUAUUUGCUUCCACAAGCAACCAAAUGAGAUUGUGAUCUGAUGAAGGGCAUCAUUAUAAACUUUUUAAGAAAUGGGGACCAUCGUAAGCAAAGCUGCAAAUGGCGUUGGAGGUGUCCUUGCUAAUGUUUUUACUGCCCCUUUCAAGACUAUUCUUGGAGCAUCAUGUGAGGAUACUUGUGUUGGGCCAUGGGAUGUAAUCUGUUUUAUUGAGCACUUGUGUGUCUCUAAUCUGGUGAAGUUGUUACUGAUUUUGAGCCUCUGCUACAUAACUUUGAUGUUCUUCUACCUAUUGUUCAAGGUGGGGAUUUGUCAGUGUAUAGGAAGAAGCAUUUGUAAGAUGUGUUGGGCAGCGUGUGAGACAUAUUGGUUCUCAUUACAAUAUAUUACCUGUUUUGUGUGGCACAAGUUAAAGAACACAAAACGUGUACAUCGUAGACAUUUUCGAGACAUUGAAAAAGGGUUUACUUCAAGCUCUGAAAGUGACUAUUCAGAUAACUGUCGUCAUGUUGUUAGAAAGAAAAGGUCGGCAAGGGAAGGAAGAAAGUUUCAGUUGCAGAGCUCUCGUUAUCCUUCAAGUAGGUAUGGAAACCAUAGUCGCCAUCGAUACCACCACCAUCAUUUAAGGUUGAAAACUAGGGAAAUAUCUGCCCAUGUUAAGUGUGGAACCCGAAGGCUAAGGAAUUCAAGACGGUUGCAACUAAUAAAAUUAAAAAAUCAUAGAAGAGAUCUUGGAAUUUUCAAGAGGAGACAGAGGAGAGGCAUGAGGUGAUCAAGAGAGAAUCUGAGGUGAACAAGCUAGUAAAAGUUUAUGAAUGUUGAAGUGUCUGGGUGGGACAGAGAGUCACAAGAGUCUGAAACAAUAUUUCAGAGGUUAAAAUGACAGCACAUGUAAAUCAAACUGAUUGAUGUACCAUAUUUGUUUGUGCAUUUAUUUAUAAGUUAGCAGAUUGAAGACCUA